GUUUCGCUCUGCAUAUUGUUGUGACUUUAAUUUCCGCAUUUACUUCGAAAGCUAUGUUUUCUUGACUAAUCAACUACGGAUUACUUUUCACGCACAAUUGACUUCUUCUUACAUUAAUUCUCAUAGUCUCCAUUUAUUUAUACUUUCUAAAACUAGUUUAAACGAACACAAACUUUGAAGAAGGAAAAAAUGGUGUUGGAGAGGAAAUUACUAUGUCCCUCUCCUUCUCACUUGCUAGUUACUGUGUUAGCUUUGUCUCACUUGCUAGUGCUUGCAUUAGGUGCCCCGAAACAGCUGCGUUUUCGGAACAAUGGAGAGUUCAAGAUCCUCCAAGUUGCUGAUAUGCACUUUGCUGAUGGAAACACUACGCCUUGUUUGGAUGUGUUGCCUACCCAAAUGCCUACUUGCUCUGAUCUCAACACCACCGCCUUUAUCCGCCGCAUGAUUCGUGCUGAGAACCCUGAUUUAAUCGUUUUCACCGGGGAUAAUAUCUUUGGAUUUGAUGCUACCGACGCAGCGAAAUCGCUGAAUGCAGCGUUUGCGCCGGCAAUUGAAUCGAAUAUACCGUGGGUGGCUGUUUUAGGUAACCAUGAUCAAGAAUCUACCCUUUCUAGAGAAGGGGUUAUGCAGCAUAUUGUUGGUCUUAAAAAUACUCUUGCUCGAGUUAAUCCUGUGGAAGCACAUGGUAUUGAUGGUUUUGGAAAUUAUAAUAUUGAGGUCGGUGGUGUUAAAGGUUCAAGAUUUGAAAAUAAAUCAGUUCUUAAUCUUUAUUUUCUUGAUAGUGGUGAUUACUCUACUGUUCCAUCAAUUCCUGGUUAUGGUUGGAUUAAACCCUCUCAGCAGUUUUGGUUUCAACUCACUUCUCGAAGGCUUCGGAGAGAAUACAUGAGCAACCCUCAGGCUCAGAAAGGACCAGCACCUGGACUUGGUUACUUUCAUAUCCCAUUGCCUGAAUAUGCAAGUCUUGAUUCGUCAAACUUCACGGGGGUGAAACAAGAAGCAGGCAUUAGCUCUCCUUCUGUGAACUCGGGUUUCUUCACGACUAUGGUGGAGGCUGGAGAUGUGAAGGCUGUUUUCACCGGACAUGAUCAUCUGAAUGACUUUUGUGGUCGGCUAAACGGUAUUCAGCUCUGUUAUGCUGGGGGUUUUGGAUACCACGCGUAUGGGAAAGCUGGAUGGUCAAGGAGGGCAAGGGUUGUGGUUGCAUCUUUGGAGAAGUCGCAAAACAGAGAGUGGGGUGCUGUCAAGUCGAUCAAAACAUGGAAACGCCUCGAUGAUCCUAAUUUCACUGCCAUAGAGGGUCUAGCCCUAUGGAGCAAGGGCCCUACAGGAGCACGGAGAAGGAACUGAAUCAUUAGAGCUCGAGUAAUAGCACAUCUGCACAUGAUACAGAUUACUGCAUUGAUAGCCAACAACUUUAAUAAAGGAUUAGGAAUACCCUCUAAAUCUUGCCACUCAGAAAUGUUUAGGAUGUUGUAUCAAUUGUAGACUGAUAUAUGUAACUUUUGAACGAUAAUUGGAUAAUAAUGAUUAUAAAUAGAACAGUGAUUUGAUCAAUAAUGAUUAUGAAUAGAACAGUGAUUUGAUCAAUAAAGAGAACCUGGAUCAUUUGAUUA